UCCCCGGGAUACACGCGCGUGUACGUAGGGACCAGUGUAUGCUGCAUAAUAUACGGUGUCGGUGUGCGUGCGCGGUGAAACAACACACACCACCUGUGGCACAUCCGUCAUCCGCCGUCGUAUUUACGUCGGUGUCUCCGUCGUACAUAUUGCGUUAAUUGGAAAUUCAGCAAUGAUACCGUUCGUCUCGACGACCAUCUCGAAUGCCGACUGGAUGCUGGAACCGAAACCGGUGUAACUUCGGAGUAGGACACGGAAAUUAUCGAUGAUACUAUGACCACGAUGUCCUCGUUCCGCUCCAAUAUCAAUAUGGACGAACACGAGAAGAACUUGAUGACAGGAACGUUGGAGCAAAGAAAGGAGGCCUUCAAGGAAGACGAGGAGCUCAUGAGGGAAACUACGAAAUUCAUCAGCGAAGUGAUAGAGACCGCCGCUACGGAGGCUUCGAAAAGAAAGAUUCAGUCGGAGGGAGCUGUCACGGGUGAAGCUAUAACGAAGGAAAAGAAGGUGGAUAUAAAUAAAACGGUAAAUAUUUUACAUUCUGGAGAGAUAAUAAAAGAAAAAGUAGGUAAAAAGUAUGCGAGAAGAGGCAUAUAGUUCGAUACGUGUAGAUGGCUAGAUUGCUAGAUAGAGAUAAUUGAAGAAAUUUAUUGGUCAAUAUAUAGGUCAACAGAUAUAAUAAUUAAAUAAGCAUAAUUUAUUCGACAGUCAAAAAUUUUAAUCGGCAAGUAGAAGUAUGCUUAUGUUCGUCUAAUAUCUUUGUUGUUACAAUGAUACGCAAAAAUAUAAACAAAAAAUUAUUGUAUAGAAAAGAUUAUAUAAGUGAGUAAGGUUUUAUAUAAGCUAAUUAUUUAACUUUUUUUUAUUAAAAACACAUUAUUAACUUGUUUUUUUUUCACAUUUUUUUUCUUAUACAUUUUUCCGUGCCAUCAAUAGCAACAAAGAUAUUUCAGAUGAUCAAGUUGGGUGGGACACCCCAUAGAGCUACUUACAAAGUAGAACGUCGCGCAAUUAUAAUUAUCUUUCCAGAUUGAUAUUUAUAACACGCUGGCUAUUCGUGUGUGUGUACAGGUAGUAGAUUGAAAGGUGGCGAUACCAUAGCUGGCUGGAACAAUCGAGCGCGUGGAUUCUGCAAUCGUAUUCUGAAUGCACUUUGCCCGUGCUUCAGUAACCAUGGUAAAUCGUAGUGCGAUUCAUGUAGUGACGCCAUUACCAGCUUCCUUUACAAACAAGUAGUUUUAUAUCGCGCGUAUCAUCGUCACAUCGCAUCACCAUCGAUCAGACUGCAAACAUAUAUACUUCCAUAUAUCACUUACAGAUAGAUGAAGAACGAGUCGAUCACACAGAUCAAUUCGAAUAUCGAGCCGAUUUCUGUAAACAAAAAAAAAGAAAAUCAUUUUAAUCCCUUUGCUAAUCAGCGAAUAAGAACAAUGUUCUUGUUUGUUGGUUCCAUUAAUUAAACUAUAAUCACUCGAACGAAACAAUGACCGAUUGCUGUCGAAUCGUUCGGUACUACAGUCAUUCGAUAAAUCAUCCAAUUAUUCGUUUCGAUCCUUCAAUGUAAAUGUUUACAGCACUCAUCAUCAAAUAUUCUGAUCAAAGAUGUUUUGUCGCAACACGCGCUUACCUCGCAAGAUCUUCCGACCGUCACGUGCAAAUCCAUUAGAUGAUACCGCAUUUAAACUUUUUCCACCUAAACAUCUUUACACAUCAGUUAGCAGAUCCGUAGCAAUCUGGCAUGCUUCAUCAUCGAGUAGUAAGCGCAACUGGAAACGGCAGCUUGCGUCGAAACAGACUGCAGACUGCAGGGGAUAAAGAGCGGAAGUUAAUUAAGGAGGAGUUCUUUGUUGUCGAGCGCAAGCGAGCUGGGCGUUUUCAGAGUGCAUGCUAAUUUUGCAUCCUAAGCGACGCGAAAACGACGAGAUAGUGAUACAUUGUCCGCGCUGGUACCACUUGCAUGCUUAAAGUACAAUAUUUAGAAGAUGUGGCAAGUAAACGAUGAAUACACAAUGGAUCUGUAUUCUUUUCCCUUAGAACUGUUCACCUGGACUCCGUAUCGGUAUCGCUUCACAAGACCUUAACCGUUCGAUGACUCCUCGGAUUUUCCGUUCCGUCGUGCAAGCUUGCCACAAGCAAAGAAACAAAAAUAGGAUUAAGUUUUUUUCCAUUGUCAAUUCAUAUCUUGACUAUCGUGUCUCUUGUGCGAGCCAACUGAAGACAUCGCAUAUCUGUAAUCGGAAAAUCGGCGCGGCUUUCUAAAUCUCGGUCUGGAGUAGUACACGUCGUUAGGGAAGGUAUUAAUCGCGUGUAAACAUGAAGACUACCGUACGGUGUGCAAAUCGUCGUUGUCGACAUACGCCCUGAUUAAUCUUUCUAAUGUCUCGUGAAGAAAGGCGAAAGUUUAAUCUGCCGUGGCUGCUGUGCAGCCGAGUGUGACGGAAGCUACAUUAGUGUUCAAUGGAAGAGGUAAACUAUAGCUGUAAUUGGAAGUGGCUCGAGUACGUAAUUUUGAAGCAAGCUGCAUCGCGUUGUAGAGCAAUUUGACGAAGGAUAUGGCAAUAGUCGGUUUCUUAUUUUGUUCGAGAUAAAUGUCAUUUUCAUGCCUUCCGAUUUUAUAAGUUGCUCGAACGAGUACCCUGGCAGUAACGCUGCGUGACAGUUCUUCUCGCAAUCUUCGCAAUAUUAAACUUGCUUUGAUCUAACAAAUGUGUAUAACAAAUUUAUACAAAAUUAAAUAAAACACGUUUUGAUUUUAAUGAUUAUUUUUUUAUAUUUUUUUUUUGUUUCUGCAGAGUUAACAAAAUGACAGUAUGUUUAAGCUAAUUUUUUAUUAUACAAAGUUGAAAGAUUGAAUAUUGAAAUUUAUAAAUGACAAAAUGUAAAAAAGCUAGAGAGAGAUAUGAUGAACGCCGUCGGGGCUUAUGAGAUAAAUAAAAUUUGAUAUAUCUGAUAUUUUAAAUUUUGUAAAAAGAUUAUAUCCAGUGAGAUAUUUUAACUUAUUGAUUUAGAAUAUAUUAUAUUUGAAAAGAUACACAAGAUGUACACAAUUUUCAAUUAAUCCAGAAAUAUAACUGGUUAUAUCUGUUCAAGUUUGAAAGCAUUAUCAAGCAUAGCAAUAAUGCAUGUGAAUAUAACUAUGAUAGAAAAAUUUGUAUCAAACUGUACAUUUUACAGUGUGUUUAUGUGUCAUAGAAUGUGAACCAAGAGAAUUAGUCAAACGUACUGUGCUUCGUGAUGUCAAUAUUAGUUUUGGUUUGAAAAUUAUCAAAGAGGAUUUCGUUGUAGAUAAGCAACCGUAACGCUAUUGCUUGUUAGGCACAGGAGAAUUGGAUCAAUACCGUUGGUAUGGAACUGUCAACACAUGUAUAUCAUUAUCAGAAAUGUAGAUGUGUGUGGGUAGUAUUAUCAAAUUUAUUUUACACUUUCUGAAUUUUUGCAAAAUCUCUUGAGGCUGUGGAAAAAAAGAAAUACUCGUGCGCGGUUCUCGUUAAGUAAUAAAAAAAUUAAUUGGUUGCAAAGAUAAAUUUCAAUAACUAAUCGACUACGUUCUCAAAGCGCUGCGUGUUAACUGUACUUAUAAUGAAUGUACCUGUGUCAAUCAACAUUGUGUAAGCCGUUAGACAUAAUUGUACAUUUACAUCGUUACACAGGGUAUUUUCGAAGAAAACGCGAUGUACAAUAACUUCACACUCGGUACAGAAAUUCAAAAUUGAAUUUCUCUUGGUAAAUAUUACUCGAGGUCUGUUUAUUCUGGUGAAAAAUCUGAUUUCACAAACAAUUGAUUCGACAAAAUGUCUAGGCAAACGUCCUCGAUAUUUGUUCCUUUUUUAGAGUAUUCCGAGGCUUACUCUAUGCGAAAAGAAAGGCACGAUAGAAAUCAUUUGCCAAUUUACCCCUGUGUAACGUGUCACUAUCGCGUACUACGGCGACGACUAUAUUUUAACGUUGAAACAUUGGCGGAACAUCAGAAAGGUGUUGGAAAAUCAAUAUAUCCACGCGGUCCUCGUUUUGGCCACGAAUCGACGUUGCAGAGCAUAUGCCGCCUACAUAUUUUCACUGGCAAAAGCUAACAAGAGCGGGUGCUUUUUCCCCCCCAUUUAAAAGCGUCGCCUUUUCGCUCUUAAUCGUUCGUCUAUAUGUGCAUAUUUUAAUUCCGAUCAUAGUGUGCAAGGGGCAUGCUAGGAGGUUGCGGGGGUCCAAUAUGUUUAUUUUCUUGCACACACACACACACACAUACAUAUGCGCGCGCGCACACGUACACUACAUAAACACACAUUUAGCAGAUUGUCCCUGAUGAUUUGCUGAACUGAAUUCUAAUUCGCAUAUUCCCGGAACAAAGAAAAAAAAA